GUUAGGUGAAAGCCCGUAAUUUAUUUUCUCUUGUCAGUAAUAUUCUGGAAGGGGGCUGUAAAUCUAGAGCACACACAGUUGGGAAAUGAUUUCUGAAAGAAUUCUUUUGCAAAUACGUGGUGCAAUCCUGCAAAAUGCUCCGGCCCUGACAGUCCUUAGGGGGUGGUACAGACCUAUCAAAGCGUGUAGCAGCAUGUGUGCUCAGUGAGACUGGAUGCUUUGGACUUUCCUGCGAGCUGGAGGGCUUUAUGAGCUUUAGUUCAUGGAGAUAAAUGAUUAAACCGACUUCUAACUGUUGCUGUUUUGUUUUCCUACACUCAGGCUCUCACCUGAACUUUCACCGCCUGGUAUAUGCUGUUGGGAUAUCCAUAACAGAUCGCCCAGGAAUGGUGGAUCACUUGGUGCCUACUGAUGAAUCCUUUUCAUCUACAAGAUCUUCUCUUGGAUACUUUGGGGACAUGACAGCAGGGGUGAGGUCCUACCAAAUGCUGCCCUCUCCCCUCUCAGAAGAUGACAGCGACUCGUCCAGCUUUUGUUCUUGUUCCAGCCCUGACUCCCAGGUUCUCAGCUCCAGCUAUGGAAGCACGUCCAGUGCGGAAAGUCAGGACAGUAUCUUAGACUACUUAUUGUCCCAGGCAUCUUUGGGGAACACUGCUGCAUCAUGGUGGGACAAAAGGAGACUUCAGCCGAUAGUGAAAGAGGAGUACUUUAGAUUGCCUGAAUUUGCUGUGGAUAUGGAAGACUCAGGACCAUUUCAGCCCACGCUUGAGGAAAUUGAGGAAUUUCUGGAGGAGAACAUGCAGUUGGAGCUCAAAGAAAGACCUAAAAGUGAGACCAAGGACUUGAGAGCUUGCAGUCAAGUUUCUGUUGCUUCACUACAGCAAAAAGACCAUAUGUUGCCCAGCGCUAGUUUAAAAGAGAGUAAAAAUGAACAGUUGAGCAGCUCAACGGAAGGUGGCCAAGCUUCAAAUGGAGGAAUGUCCCUGGAGAAUGGGAUACCGGUUAUGCUCCAAAUUCAGCCUGUACAGAUCAAACAGGAGUCCAACACGAGCCCCAGUUCCCAGGGACCAGCACAAGAGAACAUUAAAAUUGCACAGCUCUUAGUCAACAUCCAAGGACAGACAUUUGCCCUUGUGCCUCAGAUAGUUCAGUCAUCCAAUUUGAACUUGUCCUCUAAAUUUGUCCGCAUUGCUCCCGUCCCCAUCGCCGCCAAGCCAAUUGGGCCAGGAGGCAUGAUGCAGGGUCAGACGGGAAUCAUCAUGGGUCAGAAAUUUCAAAAGAACCCUGCAGCAGAACUCAUUAAAAUGCACAAGUGUUCUUUUCCUGGUUGUACCAAGAUGUACACGAAAAGCAGCCAUUUGAAAGCCCACCUGAGGAGGCAUACAGGAGAAAAGCCUUUUGCGUGCACGUGGCCGGGUUGCGGAUGGAGGUUCUCCAGGUCAGAUGAGCUGUCCCGGCACAGGCGCUCCCACUCGGGGGUGAAACCCUAUCAGUGUCCUGUCUGUGAGAAGAAGUUUGCUCGAAGUGACCACUUGUCCAAACAUGUCAAGGUGCAUCGGUUCCCACGAAGCAACCGCUCCGUCCGCUCCGUGAACUGAUUGUUCCCGCUUUCCCCUUCCCGCCCAGCCAUCCUACAACAGCCGAUGACAGCACUUUGCUCACUAUAUUUCUAGUGAUAAUUUAUUUGUCUCCACAGAACAGUCAAUGCUGUUACUUGAUACCACCAUGUUUGAGUGUCCCAUGUCCUUUGAAGAUGAUUUGAGAAUGAAGUUCUUUUUGGGUCAAGGGAGGGGGGUGCUUCUUCCUUUUUUUUUUUUUUUUAAAGGAUGUUAUUUUCCUUUCCUUCUAUCUUUCCCUCCUUUGCUGCUGCUUCUUUUGGAAAUUACAGUGUUUUAUUUUUAGCUGUUUUCUGCUGCACAGGAAAAUGUAAGAGUUGCUUGCUGCUAGUUAAUUAUAGCCCUGGCAUUCCUAAGAGCUUUGCUCAUGUACAGGCCAUUCAUUGUGAGUUUUUAUUAAGCUGCUCUAUUUGUCCAGUUUGGAAACAGCAAAUUCUUUUUGAAAUGAAAACAACUCCUUUGUUUUUGGGUCGCCUGAGCCAAGGAUUUGUAGGGGCUGGCCAUAGGAGGAGGAACAGUGGGAGCUGGGGACAGGGGGAGGCAAGGCAUGGAGAGCGCUGGAAUGCGCCUCUCUGCCUCUCUGACUUCUCUGGCUCACAUUCACCUUUUCCUUGGCUAGGUCUAUAUAUAAAUAUUUAUGUAUAUAUAUUCAUACAUACAUACAUAUAUAUAUAUAUAUAUAUAUUUAAGCAAAGGCAUAUCCCAAACAAACCCGGAAGCUCAGGCUGGAUGAAAUGGCUUGGAGUGGGGCCUUUUGGUGUGGCUGAGCGCGUACGGUGUGCAUGCUUCUCCUGUCCUGUGCUGCCGUGGGGGUGGAAGGAUGCCCAUGCCUCGAAGGAAACGCUGCUUUCCUUUGAGUUUGGUUCUCAGCACCCACUGUCUUUAGCAGAAGAGCUGUUGUCUAGUGUCUAAAGCAGCAGGAAGCCAUUUGUGGAAUGGCUGAGCUCUGUUCCUGUCUCUGCUCCUGUCCUCUUGUGUGAGCUCGGGGGAGAAACCAGAGCUUGAGGGAGAAACCAGAGCGCCAGCCCUGGAGGUGCCCAGUGGUGAGCACCACUCGGGAUGCUCAGGAUGCUUGGGAGCACCAGGCAUCCCGACCAUCCACUGCAAGUCAACACCUCACUGGUUGGAGCUGAGUCUCCACUUGUCUGCUGGUGGCAGGGUCUUGUAGGAUGUACCUGUACCCAGGGGAGGGUGGGAGGCAUCAAGGCCAGGUGGGACAGCACCGUGAGAUCAUCUGUCCAAGGGCGAUCUCCAGUGCUAAUCCUCUCCUGACCCACAGCCAUGUCAGAGCUCCAUGCAGCUAGGGUGGGCGAAUGGGUGAGAACAGCAGCCAAAAGAAACAAAUUUGUACGGUGGCGAAGAAGGGAAUUUAAACAAAUAAUCAGAUGGUAGCAGGCAAGUGAUUUUGUUUGUGUUUCUUCUUCUUGUUUUGUUUUUUUUUUUGAACUCUGGCGAUUGUAAGAAGCUUUAGAAGAAAAUAGAAUUCAGUAAUUAGGAAUGAUUUUAUAAUGGAUGUUGCAUUUCCUUUCCAUUUGCAGGCGGCAUCUGUUUGUCUCUUUGUUGGCAAAAUGGGAAAUAGGAAACUGCGAUAGGAAACUGCGCUAGGCAGAGCAGGGCCCCGCGCUGUGCAAGAACAGCAGGUCUAGCUAAAGCGAAUGCAUUCCUUUUGUCCUCUAGAAAUUAAUAUAAAUGAACUAUCAUCUAUUGACUGGUUUAUAUCACAUCCUAUGAAUGUAUGUAAAUAAAACUGUACAUAGAUGCAUAUCUAUAUAAAAUAUCUUUUAAUAACGUAUCAAAAUUUGUGUAAAUUGGAAACAAAAAACCUAUAAAGCCAGUGUACAUAAGUUACAAUUCUGUAUAUUUUCUUUUGUUCUUCAUAAAAAUAUAUUUACUUUGACAAUAAAAUGAAAAUGGAAAUUUUAAA